ACCAAGCAAACGACUUACCCAUCAUUUUGCUCUGGAUUCCACCCAGAUAAGUAGAAAAAUCAGUCAAGUGUGCACAGAUAAGAUAGAUCUGAAAUAUAUACAUUAUUCUCAGUCCCCUUACCUGUUUUGACCCAACUAUCUCCAUCAUGAAAGUCUUCAUUGCCAUUUGUUGUUUGGUGGCUGUGUUUGGGCAGGAGCCACCGCCAUGUGAAUCACCAAAACAAUGGGAAGGCCGACGUGUAGCGUAUGACAGGUCAAAAAUGUUUGAAGAAAGAUCAAAGGUCAGCUACGAUGAAACAAACGAAAGAGUGAGGAUUGUAGAAGAAAUAGAAAUUGGUCAGGACAGAGAAUACUAUGAUGUUCUAUACCUCCAUAACAUUGGAAAAGAAUACAGAUUAAAUUUCAAAACGCGCCAAUGUAAUGUAACAGAACUGACAAGACCAUUCAGACCUUUCGGAGUACCUCCAGAGGCAGAGUUCGAAGGAUCUGCAACUCUCGGGGUUUCAGGUCUACCCGGAGAGUUUCUUACCAUAGAAAAUUUUGCAGGAGAUUUGAAGCGUGAAAGCACACGAUUCUUUGGUUUUGUUACAUCACCUGACUGUUAUCCUGUUCAAGCCAACUUCAUGAGCACCGAUACCGGUUUAGUUACCAUGUCAUUCUAUGACAUCAACGUUGGAAUCACAGAUCCAAAUGUUUUUAUUCCACCUCCAGAAUGUUUUAAAUAAAGUUUUAAAAAAUAUUUUCAAAACAUAAACAAAUAAAAAUAUGCUAAAGAACAGUAACAGUAAAAAAAACCACUAAAAAUUGCAUACCUCAUGUUUUUAAUGUAUGUCAUGAUAGUUUGCGUUACAUGUUAUAAAUAAAAGUAAAUAUAUGCCAUAUGCUUACCGUAUGUGAGCAAAUACUAUAAAUUGUAAUUAUGAACAAACAUCUAUGAUGUCAGUUUCCUAAUAAAGGUUGGCUGUGUU